AUGGGAGAAGUGACAAAGGAGAUUACCAAGGGGAACAGUGACAUCUUCCCCAUCAAGCCGCCUGAUUAUGGCCGCUUUCUUGUCGUGUCCCUGGGAACGGGCUCAGCCAAAGCCGAGGAGAAAUACCGCGCAGAAGAUGCUGCUAAAUGGGGCCUUUUAGGUUGGCUAACCAAUGGAGGAUCCACCCCUCUAGUCGACAUUUUCACUCAGGCCAGCAGCGACGUGGUUGAUUUUCACAUCGCCACGGUUUUCCAGUCACUUCAACCCGAAUAUAACUACCUUCGGAUUCAGGAUGACACAUUAGGUGGGAUAGUGUCUUCGGUAGAUAUUGCAACUGAGGAAAACUUGAAGGAUCUAGUGGAAGUUGGUGAGAAAUUGCUGAAGAAACCAGUUUCAAGGGUGAAUUUGGAGAAUGGCGCCUUUGAGCCUUGCCUGGAAAUCACCAAUGAGCAGGCUCUUGUAAGGUUGGCACAAACACUGUCGAAGGAGAAGCGGCUUCGCGAUAUAAGAUCGCCAAAUACUCCUUCCAAGGCGAAGGUGAAAGCGAAAGCGAAAUAA